AUGAAUGAGUGCAAGACCCAAGGCCUUUCCCAAGUCGGGUUAGCGAUUUUCCUAUUCACUGAAAACCCUAAAAAUUGGGAUGGUGAUCGGGGAACAAUUGAAGAUCAGGAUGUUGAGGAAGAGGAAGGGCCGGUGGGUGCAAUGGAAGUGACAAAGUGUCCCUGCAACUCCGUAACCAUAAUAUCCCUUUUAAAUACAACUUUUUUCUCCAAAACCCUAACCACAAAACCCAUAACUUAUUUUCUCCAUAAUUCAACCAAACACACAACUUUUCUCGUUGAGACCUACCAUCAACACCAAGCACUCAAAUCCUUGAUUCAGAGGCUUAAUAAUAAUCGUUCUUGCCCCUUGAAAAUCCUUCAACAUGACGGAGAUUGGACCAAACCUUACUUCUGGGCUGUCAUCCGCUUCCUUCAAACUUCCUCUAGGUCCACUUUAAUUCCCCAGGUGUUUGGUAUAUGGAAGAAUGUGGAGAAGUCAUGCAUUAAUGAAUCAAAUUGUGAAAAGAUUAUUGGGUUGUUAUGUGAAGAGGGUUUGACAGAAGAAGCUGUAUGUGCUCUUGAAGAAAUGAAGCAUAAUGGUCUUAAACCUUUUUUAAAGAUUUACAAUUCAAUAAUUCAUGGUUAUUCAAGAAGCAAAAAGUUAGAAGAUGCUUUGUUUUUCCUUAAAGAGAUAAAGGGAAUUGGUUUGAAACCUAAAACUAAUACCUAUGAUGGUCUUAUUCAAUCUUAUGGAAAAUAUAAAAUGUAUAGUAAGAUUGAUAUGUGUUUGAAGGAGAUGAAAUCAGAUGGGUGUUCACCUGAUCAGGUUACUUAUAAUUUGCUUAUUCGGGAGUUUGCGCAAGGUGGUCUGCUCAAAAGAAUGGAAGGGGCAUAUAAAAGUCUGCGUUCAAAGAGAAUGCAUUUAGAUUCAUCUACUUUGGUUGCAGUGCUUGAAGCUUAUAUUAACUUUGGGACCUUAAAAGAUAUGGAGAAGGUUUAUAAAAGUUUACUGAAAUCAAAUGCUUUUCUAAAGGAGGAUUUGAUUAGGAAACUGGCUGAGGUUUAUAUUAAAAACCAUAUGUUUUCGAGAUUAGAUGAUUUGGGGGAUGAUCUUGCUUCAAGAACGGGUAGGACUGACCUUGUCUGGUGUUUGCGCAUCCUUUCUCAUGCUUGUCUUUUGAGUCGAAGAGGCAUGGAACUUGUUGUCCAGGAGAUGGAAGAUGCUAAGGUUCCAUGGAAUGUAUCGAUUGCAAAUAUUAUCUUGGUUACUCAUUUAAAAAUGAAAGAUUUUAUGCACUUGAAAUUCUUAUUCUCUGAACUACCAAAACUUGGUGUGAAACCAGAUAUAGUUACCUUUGGGAUUCUAUUUGAUGCAAGAAGGUUUGGCUUUGAUGAGACUAGGAUUUUAGUAAUGUGGAGAAGGAUAGGCCUCCUUGAUGAAUCUGUUAAAAUAGACACAGAUCCUUUGGUUCUUACUGCAUACGGAAAAGGGAGCUUCCUUAAAAGUUUUGAAGAGGUGUAUGCGUCCCUUAAUCCUAAUGCUAGAGAAAAGAAGUGGACGUAUCAGAGUCUAAUUGAUUUACUGGUGAAACGAAAUGCACAACAGCUUCAAUACUAGGGCUUUGAAUGAAGCCCAGAAACUAUGGCUUACAAAAUUCUAUAAUACUAGGUUUACACCACCUUCUCACAUCACUCUCUCACAUCAUGACAUGGCAGUUGCCACAUCAUCUGCCACAUCAACAAAAUGCCAUGUCAUCUCCCCCAAAUUAAAAAAAAAAAAAAAAAUUCAAACUAACCCAAAAUUUCAGUUCUCAAUUUACCUAAAACAAACCCCAAAUUGAAUCUCAGUUUCCCCAAAAUACAAACACUAAAAUCUCUCCCCAAAUUUCCUUUCAAGAUUAGCGAACCUGAUUCUUUUCGAAGCCCACCACCGUUUCCUUCGCUUCGUUUCCUCCAAUUGCGUCCCCAACGAGCGCCGCACCUGUAAUGUGAUUAUUUCCCGCUGGCUGGGUUCCAAAACGCCACAAAAGAUGUUGAAGGUUAGGUGUUGUUUGUAUGAUUUUAAGCCCGAGUGGGUGCCUUCAUUGGGGAAUUAGAAUGUUUAACCAUUAAUGAAGAAGAACCGAAGUUGAAGGUUUCUUUUCUUCACUGUGAUGCAAGGGUUCAAACUUUUUCAGCCUGCCCAAAACUCAAGUUCGACUGCUCUCCCCUACGUGUAACCAUGACUCAUCUCUCCGGUGCGAUUCAUGUGGCAUCUCUCGGCUUAUCCAAAUUCCAUUCAUUUUCACAGUGUGCUUGACAACUAAAAGGAUAACAUGAAAAUGGAAUGAUACUGAUUCUGAUCAAAAUAGCAAGUUCAUCGGAGGAGAGUACUGAUACUGAUCAAAACAACUAGUUCAUCACUUUAUAUUCUUGCUGUUGUAAUGUAUGUUGUGUACAAGUUUUUAUAAUGUAUGUUGUAAUGUAUACGUUGUGUACAAGUUUUUAUAAUGCAAUAUUGAGGUUCUAUUUCAUUAUUGGAUGAAUUUUUCAUGUAAUGUUCUCUUGGAUGUACUUCUCAUUUUAAGUUUCAUGACAAAAAAAUUGAGCAAUUUGUAAUUGUCCAGCAGGUAAUUGAAGUCUU